UCUCUGCUGUUUCUCUUCUCCUCCACCUGAAACACGAGAAGUGCAUACAAUAUUCCAAGGACAGUCUUCAAUUAUUUGUCUCUGGUUGUGGCGGCAGCGGCGGUGUAGUUUCUGUAAACCAAAGAUCAAUCUCCAAACCUGCCAUGGCCACGACGACUAAAGGAUUCGUUUUAUAUCUCCUGUCUGGGUUUUCAAUAUCCGUUCUCUCUGUUUUGUUCGUCAACAAUUACAGCGCCGUCAACCGUCAACAAUUGCAGUCCCCAGAUUUAUCCAACAAUGAUCGAGUUUGGCCUGAAUUAGAGUUGAACUGGAGGCUUGUACUGGCGACGGUGAUUGGAUUUCUAGGUUCGGCUUGUGGAACCGUGGGCGGCGUUGGAGGCGGCGGCAUCUUCGUUCCCGUACUUACUUUGAUUGUUGGAUUUGAUACCAAAUCUGCCGCUGCUAUUUCCAAAUGCAUGAUCAUGGGGGCAUCGGCAUCGUCAGUUUGGUAUAAUCUUAGAGUGCCACAUCCGACAAAGGAAGUGCCGAUCAUCGACUACGAUCUGGCUCUUCUUUUCCAACCUAUGUUGAUGCUUGGCAUCACCGUUGGUGUGGCCUUGAGCGUCGUUUUUCCUUAUUGGCUCAUCACUGUGCUCAUCAUCGUACUCUUCAUAGGUACCUCUUCCAGGUCUUUCUACAGGGGAAUUGAAAUGUGGAAGGAAGAAACUAUUUUAAAGAAUGAACUCACAAAGCCACAUGGAACAGUUAAUUCCAGGGGUGAACUACUGAUAGAUACCGAGUAUGAGCCACUGAUUCCGAAAGAGGAGAAAUCCGAACUGCAAAUGCUAUGUUCCAAUCUAAGGUGGAAAAGGCUGUUGGUAAUAGUUACAGUCUGGCUCCUUUUCACUGUUAUCCAAGUCAUCAAGAAUGAUGUGGUUCCUUGUAGCACUACGUAUUGGGUGUUGUUCUGCUUACAGUUCCCAGUAUCAGUAUUGGUUUUUGGAUACGAAGCAAUCAAAUUAUGCAAAGAUUACAAAAAGAGAACAAGCAGUGGGAACACUGAAACAAUCUGUGAAGCUUCAAUUCAAUGGAGUCCAUUGAACAUCGCAUUUUGUGCACUUUGUGGCUUCUUGGGAGGCACUGUUGGUGGAUUGCUUGGUUCUGGUGGGGGGUUCAUUUUGGGUCCUCUCCUCCUCGAAAUUGGUGUGAUUCCACAGGUGGCUAGUGCAACAGCAACAUUUGUAAUGAUGUUCUCUUCAUCUUUAUCCGUCGUUGAAUUCUAUUUACUCAAGAGGUUCCCAAUCCCCUACGCUCUGUACUUGAUGGGAGUGUCAAUCUUGGCUGGUUUCUGGGGACAAUAUUUCGUAAGAAAACUAAUAGCAAUCCUGAAAAGAGCCUCGCUUAUAGUUUUCAUUCUUUCUGGUGUGAUCUUCGCAAGUGCACUCACAAUGGGAGUCGUAGGCAUUGAAAGAAGCGUUCGAAUGACCCACAACCAUGAAUUCAUGGGAUUUUUAGAUUUUUGCAGCAGUCAAUGAUCGUUGACUAAAAUCUAAAUGGAGAUGUUGUUGGUCACCUGCUUGUUGACCAACCCCAAUGUAUUGGAUUUCUCUUGUAAGAAUAAGGGAUUUACCUCAAAUGUGUGUGGUGGAAUGUGACUGUUAGCUCCUCGCUAACAACCCCAUUCUUCAUUUAUGAAAUUACCAUCUAUU